GAAACCUGCCGAAGCGAUCCGAACUCUCUUAGAAGUGAUUGCAGCGCCUAUCAGAGUACUGGCUUUUUACUCUCUCCAAGAAGGAAAAAAGAAAUUUUCACGAGCUUGAAAUUGAAGUCAGCGAAAAGCAUCCGAUAACUUGGACAAAAUGGUGUCGGCCGAAACGAUUGGAUCGAUAUUUAUCAAAGUCUUUAAGCUGGUACUCAACAUAGUGAUCCUCAUCCUGUACCGUACCGGUUAUGGUGGUGACUUUCUCGGCGUAGGUGGCACUUGGAACUUGAAUGAAGAGAAAAGUCCAGACGCGGAAAUUGUGGCCUCCGGAGUAUUUGUCGGGUACUUCAUCUACACCUCGGUUCAGUUAAUUACGUUCGCCUUCGGAACGACGAAGCUGAAGCGCGAGCUGUCGGAUACGAUAAUGAACGUGGUCGGUACCUUCAUGUGGGUUGCAGUCGGUGGUACCGCUCUUCACUACUGGCAUGGUUACCUGGCGGAGUACGAUUUUCGACACAUCUCUUCGGAGCGAACGGCCGGUCUUGCUCUAGGUUCACUGUGCGUCGUAUCCGGUGCCCUUUACCUGGCCGAUUCGGUGCUGGCGUUCAUUCACUACGCGAAACACGAGAACAGCAAAUACUAAUUGAAGGAUGAAAUGGGUGACUUCUUCAACUUUAUUUUCCGCUAGAUUUUAAGCCUGAAUUAUUGCCGUCUAUUAUGAUUUUGCCCAGAAAUAUUAUAACCCGUAGCGCGUAGGUAGAU